AUGACGAAAUCGCUGACGUCAUCGAUCCAGCAGGCAGUCAAUUCAGUCCGCGACUUCACACACAUAGACCAGACGGUGCCCUAUAUAUCCAGCGUAUUAGAACAACCUAUAUCCAUGUUCACGAAGAACGAGAUCAUAGAGACCGGGACCGUAGCUAGUGCUGAGGAGUGCUUCGAACUCCCUCCCAUCAAACAUCUCCCUCACGACCUCUCGGAGAACGUCCUAGAGUCCAUAGUAAACGAGUUCAGAGACGUGUCCAGUGAUGCUGAGGAGAUAAGGCGAGUGAAGACCGAGGAGUUACAAAGGAAGUUGAAGUUGUAUAAUAGUAUAAUGGAGAAGAAGUAUGAUGGGGAGUUGAUACAUAGUAGCAGGCGCAGUAGGCGGAGGGAUGGCGGGUCCGGUGGUAGUACGCCGCGCAUGGCUACCCCGGUCAGGAAGGCGGAUAAUGUCAGCUAUAACAGCUCCUGUGUCAUGAAUAUGAGUACUUGCGGGACCAUACCACAACCGAACGACGAACUACUAGAGAAGCAAAUAGAAGAGAAGGAGAAGAUACUAGCGAAGAUGUUGAACCUGGAGUCACUCAGUAUAAAUAGUCCAAAGCUAGACACGGAGACACCGCCGCCACCAGCGCCCACCUUCAGGCACAUCGACAUACAACCCACCGAGGUAACGCCCAAACACAUCCCUAAACCAAAAACACCAAUAAAGGACCCAAGCCCUAUAGACUUAGUGCCCAAAGUCGUACAACUACCUAACACGUGGAACUUAGAGAAUAUAGAACUGAAAUUGGAGACAAAACAAAAUGGCUUCAAGGACCAUUCGCUUCUAUCUCCUGACGACCAUUUAGAUAGCGAAUGGGAAAUAAUCUGA